UUCCCCCAAAAAAAACUGGAAAGAAAAUUAGUGGCAUUCAACCUUUAAAUUGAAACAUGGCAGACGAAGUUGCUACAUUGACAGCUAGGGCUAUUCAGGCUGAGGCCGAGAUAGAAGCUUUAGAGGCAGAGCUGUCACAGUUACAAGACCCUCAGAGACUACUGGCAAAUGGCAUUAUUUCACCACAACUAGCUACAUUGCGUGCUGAGAAUGCCAAACUCAAGUAUCAAGUUUCUCAUUUGGAGAGGAAUGUUCAAAAUGAAAAACGUCGCAGUUCAGACAACAUGGUGAGCAUUAGUCAGAUUGUGACAGAUGUCUUCACCCUUGCCAUUCGUCAAGCUUUCCCUGAUAUUGAGGAUGCUGCCAUUCUGAUACAGAAAGGGAAAUUUGCUGAUUAUCAAUGCAAUAGUGCUAUGAACAUCUGUCAGAAACUAAAGUCGCUUGGUGUUAAAAGUUCGCCACAAGAAGUUGCACGUAAAAUUACGAAUCAGAUUCCAGAAGUUGCAUUUUUUGAAAAGCUUGAAGUUGCUGGGCCUGGGUUUAUCAAUGUUUUCUUACGGAAAGACUAUGUAGCAGAACAGGUCAACAGCGUACUGAAGAACGGAGUGAAACCACCUAGAAUCCUGGCCAAGAAAAGGGUUGUCAUUGACUUUUCUUCACCAAACAUUGCAAAGCAGAUGCAUGUUGGACAUCUUAGGUCAACAAUAAUAGGGGAAAGUGUAAGCCGUUUGCUAGAGUGGGUGGGGCAUGAUGUUUUACGUUUAAAUCAUCUUGGUGAUUGGGGUACCCAGUUUGGUAUGUUGAUUGCUCACUUGCAGGACAAGUUUCCUGAUUACAUCAAACAGUCUCCACCAAUUGAAGAUCUACAGGCUUUUUAUAAGGAGUCAAAAUUGCGAUUUGAUGAAGAUGAGGCUUUUAAAAAGAGGGCAUAUGCUGCAGUUGUCCAGUUACAAAAAUACGAAGCAAACCACAUGAAGGCUUGGAAUCUUAUAUGUGAUGUGUCGAGGAAAGAAUUCCAGAAGGUUUAUGAAAGACUAGGAGUUAAAAUUAUAGAACGAGGGGAGUCGUUUUACCAGGAGUUGAUGAAAGAUGUUGUACGUGAGCUUGAUGACAAAGGUUUUACAACGGUUGAGGAUGGAAGGAAAUUAAUGUUUAUUGAGGGUCAGAAAGUUCCACUCACUUUAGUAAAGUCUGAUGGUGGGUAUACAUAUGACACAUCUGAUAUGGCAGCAAUUAAACAAAGACUACAGGUUGAGAAAGGCAACUGGCUUAUUUAUGUUGUAGAUGCUGGACAGGGACCUCAUUUUGAUCUGAUAUAUGCUGCUGCCCAGAAGGCUGGAUUCUAUAAUCCUAAACAGACUCGAGUAGAGCAUGUUGCUUUUGGUGUUGUUCUUGGAGAAGACAAGUAAGUGCUUGUGAAAUGGAACAGAAAUGCUUUUAUUGUAGUAC